ACUAAAGAAAAAGAUUUGGGAGAUAAAUGUGUGAACUUUGAAAAUUCUGGAAAAUGUCGGUUUGGUUAUAAAUGUCGUUUCUUGAAUGCGCAUUUGUCUUCUGAUGGAAAAUUGAUCGUGAAUGAAGAUCGUGUAUUUUUAGAGGAAAAGAAUGUGAUCAAUAUGGAAACUCAAAAAAAUCUUCGAAAAAAUGUG